UCUUAUUCCAUUCACAUAACAUCUCGCAUAUGACACAAAUCCAUAACCUGUUGUUGUUAUUCUGAUUCACCCCACAAACAGAAAAAAGCAAAAACAGAAUAAAAAUCAAAUCUUUCUUUCAUUUUAUCCUCUCUUUUUUUGCAUCAUGGGUACUGAGACCUCAUCCGUGGAUAUUUCAGAACCUUUGCUUGUGGAGGAUCCUCACAACAACAAGAGGGAAUAUUUGAGUGAGGAGGUUCCUGAAUGGAAGGAUCAAAUCACAAUCAGAGGGUUGGUGGUGAGUGCUGUGUUGGGGUGCUUAUUCUGCAUCAUCACACACAAGCUCAACCUCACUGUUGGGAUCAUCCCUUCCCUCAACGUUGCUGCUGGUUUGCUUGGAUUCUUCUUUGUUAAGACUUGGACUGGUUUCUUGUCCAAGAUGGGACUUUUCACAAAGCCCUUCACAAGGCAAGAGAACACUGUUAUUCAGACUUGUGUUGUUGCUUGCUAUGGCCUUGCCUUUAGUGGGGGAUUCGGUUCAUCCUUAAUUGCAAUGGAUGAGAGAACGUAUGAACUCAUCGGCCCUGAUUACCCUGGUAAUAGAGCUGAAGAUGUUAAAAACCCAGGCUUGGGUUGGAUGAUAGGUUUCAUGUUUGUUGUCGGUUUCCUUGGACUUUUUAGUCUUGUGCCACUUCGGAAGGUAAUGGUCUUGGAUUAUAAGCUUACAUAUCCCAGUGGGACAGCCACAGCAAUGUUAAUUAACAGCUUCCACACUAAGACUGGAGCAGAACUUGCAGGGAACCAAGUUUCGCAGCUGGGAAAGUAUCUAAGCAUAAGUUUCUUGUGGAGCUGCUUUAAGUGGUUCUUCAGUGGUAUUGGGGAUUCAUGUGGAUUUGACAACUUUCCUAGCUUUGGUUUGACACUAUUUAAGAACACAUUCUACUUUGACUUCAGUCCAACCUAUGUUGGAUGUGGUCUUAUCUGCCCUCACAUAGUCAAUUGUUCAGUUUUUCUUGGAGCUAUUAUAUCAUGGGGUUUUCUGUGGCCUUUCGUCUCCAAGCAUGCUGGGGACUGGUAUCCAGCUAACCUUGGUAGCAGUGAUUUUAAAGGUCUUUAUGGAUACAAGGUGUUCAUAUCUAUUGCCAUUAUUUUAGGGGAUGGUAUUUACAAUCUGAUAAAGAUUAUACUGAUAACUGCUAGGGAGAUGUGGAGGACAAGCUUCAAACAGAACAGCCUUCCUGUUGUGACAGAGGUUCAUGCAAGUGUGGUCUCUUCUGAACUGCAAUUAGAACAAAAGCGGAGAGAUGAAAUAUUUUUGAAGGACAGAAUACCCACAUGGUUUGCAGUCUCUGGAUAUGUGGGUUUGGCUGCGAUAUCCAUAGCAACAAUACCAACUAUCUUCCCUCCUCUCAAAUGGUACUUGGUUCUGUGCACUUAUAUCCUUGCUCCUGCCCUUGCCUUUUGCAACUCUUACGGCUGCGGGCUCACGGACUGGAGUUUGGCAUCCACUUAUGGGAAGAUUGGUCUUUUCAUCAUUGCGGCCGCAGUUGGCCAAAACGGUGGAGUAAUAGCAGGAGUAGCAUCUUCUGCUGUGAUGAUGUCCAUUGUUGCAACUGCUGCUGAUCUCAUGCAAGAUUUCAAGACAGGUUACCUCACCUUCUCAUCAGCGAAGUCUAUGUUUGUGAGCCAAUUGAUAGGAACUGCCAUGGGUUGUAUAAUUGCUCCCCUCACAUUUUGGAUGUUCUGGACUGCCUUUGAUAUAGGGUCCCCUGAUGGCCCUUACAAAGCACCAUAUGCUGUUAUAUUCAGGGAAAUGGCCAUACUUGGUGUUGAAGGAUUCUCAGAGCUUCCAAAGCAUUGCUUGGCUAUGUGUGCUGGUUUCUUUGUGGCAGCCCUUGUCAUCAAUCUUCUAAGGGAUGUGAUUCCCAAGAAGUUCUCACAGUAUAUACCUAUUCCAAUGGCAAUGGCAGUUCCUUUUUACAUUGGUGCUUAUUUUGCAGUUGAUAUGUUUAUUGGAACUGUGAUAUUAUUUGUAUGGGAAAGGUUGAAUAGAAAGGAUGCUGAGGAUUAUUCUGGAGCAGUUGCUUCUGGUUUGAUAUGUGGUGAUGGGAUAUGGACAAUUCCUUCUGCAGUGCUCUCUAUUUUGAGGAUCAAUCCUCCUAUCUGCAUGUACUUUGGGCCUUCUGUAAGCAGCUGAAUUAAGCAACUUUAGGCUCUAUUUGAAACUCUAAUGUUUAUUGGCCUUGUGUCUGUAAAUAUCUGGAUGUAACAUCACAGGGAAUAUCUAUAUUUCGCUUCCUUUAUUUAUCUAGGUAAAUAUUUAGGGAAGUUAUUCUGUCCCUUAACUGUCUUGGGUUAAAAAGGCACAAAGAGGUGAGGGGUGCCUUGACCCUAAUUUCCUUUUUGUGCAUUCAUGUAUUGCACAUUCUUUUCCUUCCAAGUUACCUCAGUUCAGAGCUGUGGUACUUUGGAUAGUCUUAUAUUACAUUCAGAUAUGUUAAAACAUAAAACCACUUUGAUUAUUGAAAUG